CUCUACCACUAAGCUAUCUAUAAAUGAACAGGGUUCUAAGGGAUAUCCUCAUGCACUCGCAAUGGCAAUAUUGGUGCAUCACACCUUCAUUUCACUUCGGCUCACUUGACGAAUUGAAGAGGUCGGGCUGCGCAUGAGAACGAGCGAUUUACUAGGCUAUUAGAUUAAAUAUAACAGAAAAAAAUCUAAACAAGCAAGCUAUCAAAUCAACGAAGAACCGUCCGUAACCUAUCAUUGUUGUUUAGAAGAGAAAAUUCCAUCUCCUGACUCCAACGUAUUACACGGCGAACCUUUGAUUCGACUAUUGUUGCUAACUCUACAGUCGUGGCUCGUGGCGUAUCACUAUCGGAAGUGCGGAGUUCCGACUGAGACGUUUCACUUGAACGACCCUCCAAGUUGUAAUUCAACCUGCAGUCAUGACUGAGAACAUUCGUAUCAACAAUCCCAAUGUGAAGUACACAGAUACACACAUCGAGGCUCAAUACUGCUACCAUACUUCUGCUGUACGCAGGGAUGGAGACACACUCACAGUGACCCCCUCUGUUAGUGAGCUUGAGUUCCGUACUGAGCGACGUGUCCCCAGGCUGGGGGUGAUGCUAGUUGGCUGGGGAGGAAACAAUGGGACAACCGUCACCGCUGCUGUCCUGGCCAACAGACUGGGACUCACCUGGAGAACCAAAACUGGAGAACAGAAAGCCAACUACUACGGUUCCCUCUUCCAGUCCUCAACUGUGUGUUUAGGGCCGGGGCCAGAUGGAAAAGAAGUUAACAUUCCGUUCCGUGACCUCCUACCCAUGGUGCACCCUAAUGAUAUCGUCUUUGAUGGCUGGGACAUCUCAUCCAUGGACCUGGGCAGUGCGAUGGAGAGAGCCGAGGUCCUUGAUUGGUCCCUCCAGGAGAAGCUCCGCCCACACAUGAGCUGCCUCCGACCCCGAGCCUCCAUCUAUAUCCCAGAAUUCAUAGCUGCCAACCAGGUGGGCCGAGCAGACAAUAUUCUGAAAGGGACCAUGGCUGAACAGGUGGAGCAGAUCAGAGCAGACAUUCAGGACUUCCGGCAUUCAAGCGGCGUGGAGAAAGUAAUCGUUUUGUGGACAGCCAACACCGAACGUUUCUGUGACCUCACAGCCGGGGUCAACGACACGGCCAAGAAUCUCCUGGCUGCCAUACAGUCAGGUGGGGAGGUGUCUCCCUCUACUUUGUUUGCCGUAGCCAGUAUCCUGGAGGGCUGUGCCUACAUUAACGGUUCUCCCCAGAACACGUUUGUCCCUGGGGCGAUAGAGCUGGCUGUGGAGAGAAAUGUGUUCAUAGCAGGAGAUGACUUCAAGUCUGGUCAGACAAAGAUCAAGUCAGUCCUGGUCGACUUCCUCAUCAGUGCUGGGAUCAAGCCCACCUCCAUUGUCAGCUACAAUCACCUUGGAAACAAUGAUGGUAUGAACCUCUCAGCACCGCAGCAGUUCCGCUCCAAGGAGAUCUCCAAGAGCAAUGUGGUGGAUGACAUGGUCAACUCCAACCCUAUACUGUACCGCAAAGGGGAGAAACCCGACCACUGUGUGGUGAUUAAGUAUGUGCCGUAUGUGGGGGACAGUAAGAGGGCGAUGGAUGAAUACACCUCUGAGAUCAUGAUGGGAGGAACCAACACUAUCGCGAUGCACAACACCUGUGAGGACUCUCUGCUAGCCAGUCCUAUCAUCCUGGACCUGGUCCUCCUCACAGAGUUGUGUCAGCGUGUAUGUGUUCGGCCCCAAGGAUCAGAGACCUUCCAGUCCUUCCACAGUGUCCUGGCUAUCCUCUCCUUCAUGUGUAAAGCUCCCCUCGUCCCCCCUGGGGCCCCGCUGGUCAAUGCCUACUUCAGACAGAGAGCCUGCAUUGAGAACAUCAUGAGAGCGUGCCUUGGUCUCCCCCCUCAGAACCACAUGCACCUGGAGCACAAGCUGCAGAGGGGCUUCCUGCCUCGCCACGACAACCGUAUCUACGACAAUGUGGCUACCAAGAUGGUCCUAAGCACCGGUUACCACGCCUCCCAACAGAAUGGUGUCUGCGCACACGUGGUGAAAGAGGCAACGAUUGGAUAAUGGCUGCAUAUUAGGUCUCUGUCAUCACAGGGAAGAUUCUAGAAGUGUCCACAGCCACAGAGAAACAAUUACAUCCAUAGUUUAGUUUAUUAGGACCCCCAUUAGCUGUUGCACAUGCAGCAGCCACUCUUCCACGGGUUACACACUAUUACAUAUUCAGAUACUUAUACUGUGCAGUUAAAUAAGAUCCAUAGAAAGUGAGCCAAACUCUUCAUACAGCAUACUGAAUGAUGAUCAUGUUUUAUUUGGCCUGGUUGUGUAAGAUGCAUACAGUAGCAAAAAUGGGCUCAAACCAUUGUAACUUUUGAAUGACCAGUUUAAUAUUCUGUGGUUUUAGACUCGUAUUGCUCAUAUACAUACAAACUUAACCAAACUCUGUUCUUGUAUUUGUUCCAAUGACUUGUAAAAAUGCAACGUUACCCUACCACCCCGACCCUGCUUGGAGUAAACUAAUGGACAACAAUACUUCUACUGCUACUUACAGCUAUUUUCGCUCACAUCUACGAUACCUGUAUUUAAACAAUUAUACAUAUUCCUGAUUUCCCCUUCAAGUGCUGGAUUUUCACCCACAGCAGCCAAUCCACCAUUCAUUCUGAAAAUCCAACCCUCCAAUGUCCACAGAUUAACCCAUCUUUCCCAGUAUAAUGCCAUUUUUAUAUUUCCUUUUGCAAUACAUCCCUCCAUUUUACGAUGUCUUUUGAGUCCUUGUAACAUUUCUACCGAUAUUGCCCAAAAAAUAAAUACUUUACCCAAGAGUAUAA